AUGACCACAGUGCUAAGAGAUGACCAGACAAAAGAUGACCACAGAAGAGAUGACCACAGAAGAGAUGACCACAGAGGAGAUGACCACAGAAGAGAUGACCAGACAAAAGAUGACCACAGAAGAGAUGACCACAGAAGAGAUGACCACAGAAGAGAUGACCACAGAAGAGAUGACCACAGAAGAGAUGACCACAGAAGAGAUGACCACAGAGGAGAUGACCACAGAAGAGAUGACCACAGAAGAGAUGACCAGACAAAAGAUGACCACAGAAGAGAUGACCACAGAAGAGAUGACCACAGAAGAGAUGACCAGACAAAAGAUGACCACAGAAGAGAUGACCACAGAAGAGAUGACAACAGAAGAGAUGACCACAGAAGAGAUGACCACAGAGGAGAUGACCACAGAAGAGAUGACCACAGAAGAGAUGACCAGACAAAAGAUGACCACAGAAGAGAUGACCACAGAAGAGAUGACCACAGAAGAGAUGACCAGACAAAAGAUGACCACAGAAGAGAUGACCACAGAAGAGAUGACAACAGAAGAGAUGACCACAGAAGAGAUGACCACAGAAGAGAUGACCACAGAAGAGAUGACCACAGAAGAGAUGACCACAUAGGAGAUGACCACAGAAGAGAUGACCACAGAAGAGAUGACCAGACAAAAGAUGACCACAGAAGAGAUGACCACAGAAGAGAUGACCACAGAAGAGAUGACCAGACAAAAGAUGACCACAGAAGAGAUGACCACAAAAGAGAUGACAACAGAAGAGAUGACCACAGAAGAGAUGACCACAGAGAUGACCACAGAGGAGAUGACCACAGAGGAGAUGACCACAGAGGAGAUGACCACAGAGGAGAUGACCACAGAAGAGAUGACCACAGAAGAGAUGACCAGACAAAAGAUGACCAUAGAAGAGAUGACCACAGAAGAGAUGACCACAGAAGAGAUGACCAGACAAAAGAUGACCACAGAAGAGAUGACCACAGAAGAGAUGACCACAGAAGAGAUGACCACAGAAGAGAUGACCACAGAGGAGGUGACCACAGUAGAGAUGACCACAGAAGAGAUGACCACAGAAGAGAUGACCACAGAGGAGAUGACCACAGAGGAGAUGACCACAGAGGAGAUGACCACAGGGCUGUUAGUGACAGGAAUGUGACGAUUGAAAUGUUGAGGAAAAGUUUUAAUGCAUGCUCACCAUACAACCAACACACAGCCACUAAGUAA